CGCGCUGCCCCCGGAGCUCCCCCGCCGUCGGGGAUGGCGCGGCUGGCAGCGCCCGUGCGCGCCUGAGGCGGAGGGACGAGCCCGCCGCCGCCGCGGGAGGAGGAGGAAAAGGAGGAGGAGGAGGAGAGAUGAAGCGCUUCCAGCCUGGGGUCGCGYUGCUGCUCUCGCUGCUGUGGGAGUGUACAGAGGCCAAAAAGCAUUGCUGGUACUUUGAAGGAUUAUAUCCUACAUAUUAUAUAUGUCGCUCCUAUGAGGAUUGCUGUGGUUCAAGAUGCUGUGUAAGAGCUCUCUCUAUCCAGCGACUAUGGUAUUUUUGGUUCCUUUUGAUGAUGGGAGUUUUGUUCUGUUGUGGAGCUGGUUUCUUUAUCCGAAGGCGGAUGUACCCUCCUCCAUUAGUAGAAGAACCUACUUUUAACGUGUCUUACACCAGACAACCAGUCAACACUGCAUCAGGGUCACAACAACCUGGAGUGCCGUAUUACACAGAUCCAGGCGGACCUGUGAUGAAUCCCAUGGCUAUGGCUUUUCACGUCCAGCCCAAUUCCCCACAAGGAAACCCAGUUUACCCACCCCCACCUUCCUAUUGCAACACACCACCUCCCCCSUAUGAGCAGGUGGUGAAAUCCUCCACGUGAGGACUCUGGCUCUCUGACCUGACUGUGUGAGAAGAAGGUGCAAUUGCAAAAUGACCAAGAUGGAGGGCACAUGCCCUUUUGAACACUUGCUAGUUCUCCAAGUCCUCUCCCCUUCCCCACCUUUCCUUAUUGAAGUUACUUUUAAAGGGGUGAUUUUAAAUUUUUUUUUCUUUUGUUUUUUAGUAGAAGUGGAUUUUUUCUUUGUCUUCAAAAUGAGAGAAGCUGUCUUUGUAAUGCUUUUAAUGGAAACCUAUAAUUAAAACCUUUAUGUCUUUCUCUUUAUUUAUUGUUCAUUUCAGUCAAGGUUUUAAAUGUAUUGUGGCAGGUUACUCACAGUAGCUCUUGUGACCCUAGAGUGAUGUGCAGCCUCCUAAGACCUCACAGCAGAAAUGCCCUCAUCAAAGGGAAAUAACAAGAGAAAGAGGAUAAAGAUAGAAGCAGCAGGGCAAUGAUUUUACCAGAAAUUGUGACUACCAUCUUUUUCUUUUACAAUUUAGUUAUGAUAUAUAACAGAAGGAUGGUGUGAUAAAGUCACUGUGACUGGAAUACCAGCACGGUUGAGUCAUGGCAAGGGCUCUGCCAAGUGCCAUAGAAAAGAGGGAGUUGUUACUUGAAAUGAUUCAUCCAAAAAUUAAGGACUGGGACUUGAGGGUUUCUUGUCCAUCACCUGGACUCUGCCAUCUUGGCUCCCCUUGUUUUGCCAGCACUGAGAUUGUAUGAAACAGAAAAUUACUUGAGUGUUGGCACAAGACAGAGGUGUUACAGCCUCAGAGCUACUUGCAUCUUGACAGAACAGUUAGAAAUGCUGAAAUACAGAAGUUUUCUUCCCUAAAUUGGAAAAUAUUUAGAAGA